UGUAUUAGUCACAAUUCAGUCUGUCCACAAAUAAAGAGUUUUAAAAAUUUCGUAUAAAAAUACAGAAUCUUUAAAGUUAAGGGGCUACUUUGCAAAAUUAUGACUUUCUCUUCUUUUGCCUUCGCGUCUCGUCCGAUGGUCUUUCCUGCAACUCUGUUCCUCUUCUUUCUCUCAAACUUCACAACCCUUGUUUGACCGCCAAUAACUCCAAAAUCUCCAUACACCGUCACCCCAAAAUGUCCACGUCACGCCGAUCCCUUCCUCUUCUGAAAACCCUUAUAAUGGGGAAAACCCAAAGGCGAACCGUGACCUACAUGCCCCGGCCAGGAGACGGAGCCCCAAGACCCGUAACCCUAAUCCCAGGUGACGGGAUCGGACCAUUGGUGACAAACGCGGUGGAACAAGUGAUGGAAGCAAUGCACGCGCCGGUAUACUUCGAGAAAUACGAAGUUCACGGCGACAUGAAUCGGGUGCCGAAGGAAGUCAUGGAUUCAAUAAAGAAGAACGAAGUUUGUCUGAAAGGAGGAUUGAGAACACCAAUGGGAGGUGGAGUUAGUUCAUUGAAUGUGCAAUUAAGAAAAGAAUUGGAUUUAUACGCUUCCUUGGUCAAUUGUUGUAACUUACCAGGAUUGCCAACCCGACAUGAAAACGUGGAUAUCGUGGUAAUUAGAGAGAACACCGAAGGGGAAUACUCGGGUCUCGAACAUGAAGUGGUGCCUGGGGUUGUUGAGAGCCUUAAGGUCAUAACAAAGUUUUGUUCAGAGCGGAUUGCAAAAUAUGCAUUUGAGUAUGCUUAUUUGAACAAUCGAAAGAAGGUCACUGCUGUUCAUAAGGCCAACAUUAUGAAACUUGCCGAUGGGUUGUUUCUAGAGUCUUGCCGGGAAGUUGCAACUAAAUAUCCUAGUAUCAAAUACAAUGAAAUUAUUGUGGACAAUUGUUGUAUGCAACUUGUUUCGAGACCAGAACAAUUUGAUGUCAUGGUUACUCCUAAUCUUUAUGGAAAUCUUGUUGCAAAUACAGCAGCUGGUAUUGCUGGAGGCACUGGUGUAAUGCCUGGAGGCAACGUGGGAGCUGAACAUGCUGUCUUUGAGCAAGGCGCUUCUGCAGGGAACGUGGGAAAAGAAAAGAUAGUGGAUCAAAAGAAGGCAAAUCCUGUGGCUUUGCUUCUCUCCUCUGCCAUGAUGUUGAGGCACCUCCAGUUUCCUUCAUUUGCUGAUCGACUUGAAAAUGCAGUGAAACGUGUAAUCUCAGAAGGCAAGUACCGGACUAAAGAUCUUGGUGGAGAUAGCACUACACAAGAAGUUGUUGAUGCUGUUAUAGCUAAGCUAGACUGAUUACUUUCGAAGAUGGGCUCCUCCAUCUUGGACUUGUAAGUCUUAAUAUUGUCAGUUAGGAUGAUUUUCGUGGUUUCUAUAUGCCAUUCUUAGAUUUCAAGCAUGUAUUCGUUUUCCCAAAUAAUUAAUUCGAUCGAAGAGCAUACCUGUCUCGUCUGAAGCUUUUGUACACAUUUUUUUUAAGUAAAUUUGAUAAUGAGAGUCACAAAUUUCAACUUCUAA